UGCUAUCUCAAAGUCGGCACUAAUGGCGCCGACUUUGAGAACAAUAAGCACAGUUGGGCGCGAAGCUUUCCUCUUCUCCGCUCUAGGGUUUCAUACCGAGCUUUCCAUCGUCGCCAUGGCCUUCGAGAACUCCUUCGAGUCCACACCGGAGAUGGAGAAGUUCCUGUGCCAGAGGCUUCUUGAUCGCUCUCAACCCAUCGCCGAGCGGUUCCGCGCCCUCUUUUCCCUCCGCAAUCUCCGCGGCCCCGGUCCUCGCGAAGCGCUCUUGCUUGCUACGAAGGAUUCUUCGAAUUUGUUAGCCCAUGAGGCCGCUUUCGCACUGGGUCAAAUGCAGGACCUUGAAGCUGUUCCCACACUGGUGGAGAUCCUCAAAGAUCACUCCUUGCAUCCCAUUGUCCGGCACGAGGCAGCUGAAGCUCUUGGAGCAAUUGGAUUUGAAGGAAUUGUUCCUUUGUUAGAAAAUACUCUGGCAUUGGAUCCUGCUGUAGAGGUGAAAGAAACUUGUGAAUUAGCUCUAAGGCGGAUCAGGGAAAAGAAGAAUGCUGGUAAUGAGGAUGGACAGUGUCAUGUUGAAACUUCACCUUUCUUAUCUGUUGAUCCGGCACUUCCCGCUUCCCUUUCUUCUUCAGUGGAACAACUAAGGGAAGUUUUACUAUGCGAAGAAGAGGGCAUGUAUGAGCGUUAUUCAGCUUUAUUUGCACUUCGCAACCGUGGUGAUGGUCCUGCAGUAGGUGCUAUUAUUGAUUCUCUAAGUGGUAAAAGUGCUCUCCUCCGACAUGAGGUAGCAUAUGUAUUAGGUCAAUUGCAGAACAAGGCUGCUUCUGCUGCAUUAUCCCAGAUCCUCAGAAAUGCAAAUGAGCACCCCAUGGUCAGACAUGAAGCCGCAGAAGCACUAGGUUCAAUAGCAGACAGUGAAAGUGUCGCCCUUCUAAAGGAAUUCACCAUGGAUCCGGAGCCUAUAGUCUCCCAGAGCUGUGAAGUUGCUCUCUCAAUGCUGGAAUUCGAAAGAUCCGGCAAGUCCUUCGAGUAUCUCUUCUUGCAAACUCCACAAGUGCAAUAGUGGUGAAACAACUACAGAAUACAAUUCAUCUACCAAAUCUACAUUGUAAUGUAAUCCAGCUGCACAAAACUGUUAGUUUAUACAUUUAUAUGCAUGUGAGAGAGACUUGCAAAAACCUCUGUUUUGAUAGCAAAUGACUUGUAACACAAAACUAGAAACUUUUUUCAAUCAAUAAAGC